GUCAGCCUGAUCAUGACAGCAGGUAAAAGCAACUACCAACGUCGCAGAUCAUCCGCUCCGCCCAAUGUGGAUAUUGUGGAGCACGUUAAUGGCAGCUUCGGGCGCUGGCAAUUGCGAACAAUUCUGCUGAUCUUUUUGUGCAAAAUACCAACGGCAUGGUUCAUGGCCUGCAUCAUCUAUACUGCACCGUAUCCCCAACGGGGUGAGCUGGUCUGUCAUCCUGCCACAUGGAAUGGCAGCCACACAGCGCAGGCUCAUGGCAGCAUGCUGCAUAGUCGCAACACAGAUCGACUCUUUAGUGUGCAGGUGUGCAAUGCCUAUGCCCAGAGUUUGUCCCAGAAUUUUGUGAGACACUACGGCCAGACAUGGAAUGCGACAUCAGCACAGCUAAUGCUGCCAUGCGAGAAAGUGGAACACAAUACGGAGUACAAGUCGUUGAUAACGCAGUUCGAUUUGAUUUGUUCGCGGCGCGUUUUGGUUGCAGUCACGCAAUCUUUUCACGCACUCGGCGCUUUGCUCGGUGGUCUUUUGGCUUAUCAAGCGCUGAGAUACAUAAGUCCGCGACGUCUUAUGCUUCUUGGCAUGUUGGGUCAGAUCUUCUGUGGCAAUCUCACAGGUCUCGUGGACACUUAUCAGUUGCACAUCUAUUUCCGUUGCCUCACAUCUGUUUGCUGCACGAUCAUGUACACCGCUGGCCAUCAGAUUCUGAUGGACAUAACGUCGGGCAAGGCACGGAUUCUGGUGGUCACACUAUCGGAACUAUUUUGGUCGAUUGGUUUGGUGCUGCUUCCAGCCAUAUCCAUCUACUUUGACAAUUGGAGCCAUCUCUAUGUAGCCAUAUCUUCAUCGCUCAUUGUGCUCGUCUGGUUGCAUCGCUGGAUAACAGAUGCGCCGCGUUGGCUGCUGCGCCAUCAACAGGUGGAGCCCGCUCUGCGUAAUCUUCUAGAAUCUGCCACACACAACAAUCGCAUGGUGCCCCUGACUAUGGACGUUCAACUGACUGUCUAUGCCGCAGAAAUGAGUGCUGAGCCCAAAAUCAGCUAUUGUCAGAUUUGGGAUAAAGAAACAAAGCGCCGACAACUCAUCUAUAUUCAUUUUAUCUGGGGCUGUGCUCAGGUCUUGUACAACAUUAUCCUGCUCAUGAUUCGCAGCCUGGGUGAAGCACAAGUUCAUGUGAAUACAGCUGCGUUGGGCUUUGCUGAAAUGAUGGGCGUGUUUGUCGGCCUCUACUUUAUAUUGUACACACGUCGUUAUUGGCGUUGGACUGGCAAUCUAAUGAUUGUCGCCGGUCUAUGCACCUAUCUGGUCUGGCUGCUACCCGAUAGCGAUCGCAAUUCCCGACGCGUGGGCUUGGAGCUAAUCUUUUGGAUGCUGCUAAAGUUUGCGAAUUCAGCAUCCAUAGCUGUACUCACAACCUGCACUGGAGAAAUGGUAUCGCCGGCAAAACGCAUCUUGCUGAUGCUAUCCGUGGUCAGUUUUGGUCGCCUUUUUCUGGUUUUCUCUCCAUUGCUGAGCACUCUGACUGUGGUGCACCGUCUGCUGCCCAUAACCAUAAUUGCCACAAUUGGCUGGGUGUAUGGCCUGAUCAUGCGCUUCCUUAAUCGUUUCUAUUGGAAUACGGAGCAAGUGCAGGUUGGUCAGGUGCCCACGCCCAACACCUAUCGUCGCAAUUCAGCCGUAAUUAUGCGUCGUUGCAGCACUGCCAGCUCCGAUGUGAGUGGCUACAGCAAUGAGUUGCUGCGAAACUUUGAACAAACCGUUGCUGUGAGCAUUGCUGAUCUCUGGCACAUCAAUUUCAAUACGAUCCAUGAGUGUGAUAGCAUGAAGGAACUCAGCGAGACGGUAGAAAAGCCGCACAGUAGUAUGCACAGUAUUUGAAUUUCUUGAGCUGUCUAAAAGUAUGCAACAGUUUUUUUCUUCAUGCGGAAGAGAGAACUUAAUGCAGCAUGCGAGAAAUGUGAGAUCGGUAGAUAUGCCAUAAAAUAUUAGUAAUAUUAUAAAAAUAAUACUUUAAAUAUAUAGAUAGUUAUAAAUUGAUUAAAGAUCCGCUUUUCGCACAUGUAUUCGGGUCAGAGUAUUGGCUGCGAUUUGACGCAAUCGACAAUAACUUUACUGAAAUCAUUUGCUAGCGAAGAUGCGUUAAUCAAUGGCUAAUUAAAUUAAAUAGAAAUAUUGCCGGUGUUUUUAAUUAUUGAUUAACUAAUGUGCAAGGUAUGAGUUCAAUUAGUAUUGUAAAUUUAACGCGUGAUUCACUUUCAUAUAAGACCUUAGAACACAUUUUAAUUAUAAUUUCAUUCUUCUGUAAGUUAUAUUUGCAUUUUUCAACCAAUAAAUACUAAUGAUGACAUAAAUAUUG